ACGUGUAUAACUUCUUGAAAAUUAAAAUUAUAUUUCAAUUAAUCAAAAUUACUAUUGGAAUAUUGUUUAUAGUAUAUUGUCUGGGAGUCAUCGCACUUCUCGAACACGUCACUAGUCCUUAUGGUAGUUCCUCACUAUCUGCCGCAAUUUUACAAAUUAUUAACCCAAAUCGGGGUAUCCUAUCAGCUUCACAUUGAGGACGUUCAAGCAUUGAUCGAUCAAACGAUGCCUCCUCAUCAGUCAUCAUUUGAUUUUAAAAGCUAUCAUACUCUGAAGACUAUUUAUAAAAAUUUGGACGACUUGGCCAGCCAACAUCCAGACAAAGUAAAGAUUGUUGUAGGAGGCAAAUCAUACGAAGGCCGUCCGAUCAAAGGUGUCAAGGUUUCAUUUAAAGCCAAUAACCCCGGAAUCUUUCUCGAGGGUGGCAUCCAUGCCAGAGAAUGGAUCUCGCCGGCGACUGUCAUGUAUAUUCUACAUCAAUUGCUGACUAGCAGCGAUCCGGAGGUCAGAGCUUUGGCUGAGAGACACGAUUGGUAUAUUUUCCCCUUAUUCAAUCCUGAUGGAUACGUAUAUACACAUACCACGAACCGGCUAUGGAGGAAGACUCGUAAACCACAAAAUAUCUUCUGCGUUGGUGCAGAUCCGAACAGAAACUGGAACUACAAAUGGAAUACCAAUAAUAGGCCGUGCUCCAAUUCUUAUGGUGGAAGUGAGCCGUUUUCCGAAAUAGAAACAAAGAGCAUGUCUGAAUAUAUUGAAUCUAUUUCCGACAAAUUCUAUGCGUAUAUAUCAUUCCACAGUUUUAAACAAUUGUUGAUGUUUCCUUACGGCUAUACGAAAAGACAUAUCGAUAAUCACGAUGAAUUGGAGGCCAUUGCUUUAAAAGCAGCUGUAGCUCUUAAGAAAAAAUACGGAACUGAGUAUCGGAUUGGAAAUAUCGCCGAGACAAUUUAUUCGGCCUACGGAAAUACUGUAGAUUAUAUCAGAGGUACUUAUGGCAAGCGUAUCGUUUAUUGUUAUGAGUUGCGUGAUCGUGGACAUUACGGCUUUCUGUUGCCUUCCGAUCAAAUUAUUCCUACUGGAGAAGAGACUGUAGACUCCCUUGUAGCCAUAUUUAAAGAAGCUAAAAGACUUAGAGUCUUAGAAAGAGUAAAAGAUAAUGAAAAAUAA